AGAAGUUGUUGGCGCGAAUGGAUUCCGAACUCCGAUAACGGAUUCGCCAGCCGGCCGGCUUGCCCACCGGCGCCUGAAUCCCGGUGCUGCGAUGCAAGAAUGGAAACCUGUCUUUUCACUGUCACGGGAGCAGCCUCUCAGGAAGACUUAAUAGAUUCUAGGGACAUUCGGAAAUUCUUUGGAGUUAAACCAAGUGGAAAGAAACUUGUAACUGAAACAGUAAAGAAGAAUGAGAAAACAAAGUCUGCUGAAGAAACUUUAAAAGGAAAAAAAGGAAUAAAGGAAAUCAAGUUUUAUUUUCCUCUCACAGAUUCAGAAUCAGAGGAGACAAUGCAGGUAAAAGAUGCCAAAAAGCAACCAGAAAAAUUGCCAUUGACUUCUAAACCUGGUAAAAUUUUACGGCAGGAUCCUGUUACAUACAUUUCAGAAACAGAUGAAGAAGAUGACUUUAUGUGUAAGAAGGCAGCCUCUAAAUCAAAAGAGAAUGGAGGAUCUACAAAUAGUUAUCUUGGAGCAUCAAAUAUGAAAAAGAACGAAGAAAACACUAAGACCAAGAAUAAGCCUUUAUCACCAAUAAAACUUACACCCACAUCAGUGCUUGAUUAUUUUGGAACUAGAAGUGUCCAAAGAUCAGACAAGAAGAUGGUGGCAAGCAAAAGAAAAGAGCCUCCACAAAAUACAGAUGAUUCCGGAUUAAAUGAUGAAGCCAUUGCCAAGCAGUUGCAACUUGAUGAAGAUGCAGAGCUGGAGAGGCAACUACAUGACGAUGAAGAGUUUGCCAGAACAUUAGCCAUGUUAGAUGAAGAACCCAAGACUAAAAAGGCUCGAAAGAACACAGAAGAGGGAAAAACGUUUUCAUCUGUCCAAGGCAAUUUAAGUAAAGCAGAAAAACAUACAUUUCCUCACACAGUAAGAACAGAACUAUUUUCAGAUGAAAGAAAAAGCUACAGUCCUAAGAAGCAAACUAAAUGUGAAAGUUUAAAAGAAUCUCAGCAACAUUCUAAACCAUCAGCUCACAAAAUAGGAGAAUCCUUUUCUCCAAAAGCCAGUUCUAAGUUGGUACUUACGAAAAAAAAAGAGAGCUCUUAUAAAGAAACAGAGCCUGCAACCUUAAAAAGAAAAGAAAAUGCCAUUGAAUUGAAAGGAGAGACAAAAACUCCGAAGAAGACCAAAAGUUCUCCAGCUAAAAAAGAGUCUGUAAGUCCUGAAGAUUCUGAAAAGAAACGUAGUAAUUAUCAAGCUUAUCGAAGCUACUUAAAUCGGGAAGGUCCCAAAGCUCUGGGCUCCAAAGAAAUACCAAAGGGAGCUGAAAAUUGCCUGGAAGGCCUCACAUUUGUAAUCACAGGCGUGCUGGAAUCCAUUGAGCGAGAUGAAGCCAAGUCUCUAAUUGAACGUUAUGGGGGAAAAGUAACAGGAAAUGUCAGCAAGAAAACAAACUACCUUGUCAUGGGCCGCGAUAGUGGACAGUCCAAGAGUGACAAGGCAGCAGCCUUGGGGACAAAAAUUAUCGAUGAAGAUGGCCUAUUAAAUCUGAUUCGAACUAUGCCAGGCAAGAAGUCCAAGUAUGAAAUAGCAGUUGAAGCUGAGAUGAAGAAAGAAAAGUCCAAAUUGGAGAAAACACCUCAAAAAAAUGACCAAGGAAAAAGAAAAAUUAGUCCAACUAAAAAGGAAUCAGAAUCUAAAAAGAGCAAGCUGACGCCCAAAAGGGACAGUUCCAUAAAGUCAAUACAAAAGGAAACAAGUGUGUUUAGGAGAGGCCUGGACUUUAAGGAGCAGGUGGCCGAGGAGGUCAAUGGUGACAGCAAGGCCAGGGAUUUGGCUGAUGGUCGCAGUGAAAACAAAGUGGAAAAUUUGCUCUGGGUGGAUAAAUAUAAGCCCACAUCGCUUAAGACCAUUAUUGGACAACAAGGAGACCAGAGCUGUGCCAACAAACUCCUACGCUGGCUCCGAAACUGGCACGAGAGUUCUUCAGAAGAUAAAAAACAUGCAGCAAAGUUUGGUAAACUUGCCGGCAAAGAUGAUGGCUCUAGCUUUAAAGCAGCGUUACUCUCAGGCCCUCCAGGUGUUGGCAAAACCACCACAGCUUCUCUGGUGUGUCAGCAAUCUGGCAUGUAUUAUGUGUUAUAUAAUUUCCUAUAAAGCAAGUUUUUGAACAGUUGGUAUUUUGUUUUUGUCCCUUCCCUUUGCCCCUCCGCCUGGGCCGGUGGAGCAGCCUGUUCAGGAAGUACAAAGCACGUUCUCAUCAUGGACGAGGUGGACGGCAUGGCAGGCAGUGAGGACAGGGGCGGAAUUCAGGAAUUAAUUGGCCUGAUAAAACAUACCAAAAUUCCCAUUAUUUGUAUGUGCAAUGAUAGAAAUCAUCCCAAGAUUCGCUCUUUGAUUCGCUCUUUGGUUCAUUAUUGUUUUGAUCUUCGUUUUCAAAGAGCUCGGGUUGAACAGAUUAAGGGUGCUAUGAUGUCUAUUGCAUUUAAAGAGGGCUUAAAGAUUCCCCCUCCAGCUAUGAAUGAAAUAAUUUUGGGAGCCAAUCAAGAUAUCAGACAGGUUUUACACAAUCUCAGUAUGUGGUGUGCAGGAAAUAAGGCAUUAACGUAUGACCAGGCCAAGGCUGAUUCUCACAGGGCCAAAAAGGAUAUUAAACUGGGCCCAUUUGAUGUUGCCCGGAAAGUGUUUGCAGCUGGAGAGGAGACUGCUCAUAUGUCACUUAUGGACAAGUCAGAUCUCUUUUUUCAUGAUUAUUCAAUAGCACCCCUCUUUGUCCACGAGAACUACCUACAUGUGAAGCCUGUAGCUGCAGGGGGCGACGUGAAAAAGCACUUGAUGCUUCUGAGCCGAGCGGCAGACAGCAUAUGUGACGGCGACUUAGUAGACAGCCAGAUCCGGAGUAAGCAAAACUGGAGCCUUCUGCCCACACAGGCCAUUUAUGCCAGCGUUCUUCCUGGAGAGCUGAUGAGGGGGUACAUGACCCAGUUCCCCACCUUCCCGAGCUGGCUGGGGAAGCACUCGUCUACAGGCAAACAUGACCGUAUUGUUCAGGACCUGGCAUUGCAUAUGAGUCUCAGAACUUACUCCAGCAAAAGGACUGUGAACAUGGAUUAUUUGUCACACGUAAGGGAUGCACUUGUACAGCCCUUGACCUCACAAGGGGUAGAAGGAGUACGGGAUGUUGUUGCACUUAUGGACACAUACUAUCUGAUGAAAGAAGACUUUGAGAAUAUCAUGGAAAUUAGCAGCUGGGGAGGCAAACCUAGUCCCUUCUCCAAGCUGGAUCCCAAGGUGAAAGCAGCCUUCACAAGAGCUUAUAACAAGGAGGCCCACCUCACCCCGUAUUCACUUCAGGCAGUGAAGACAGCGAGGCACAGCACAGGCCCGUCGCUGGAUUCUGAAUACAACGAAGAGUUAAAUGAGGAUGACUCUCAGUCGGAUGAGAAAGACCAAGAUGCUGUAGAAACUGAUGCCAUGAUCAAGAAAAAGACCAAAUCUUCAAAGGCUUCAAAACCAGAAAAAGAUAAGGAGUCCAGAAAAGGAAAAGGAAAAAGUUUGAAGAAAUGAAACUGUUUUUCACUACCAAUAGCCACUUUUUACUCACUGUCCUGACCGGUCUAGCUGGUUUAAAGAAAGCCUGUUUUUCCCAGGGCAACCAUGUUUUAGCACAAUGGUGAGACGUGGCGGUCCCCUGCAGAUGCAGGGCGAUGCAGCUGGAAGGAUGUGGCCAACAGGCUCGCGCACGCCUCCCACAGAGGUUCGCAGGACUGCUCGCGUCCUCUGCUGGCCACCAAUCCGGUUAGGUCGUUGUACUUCAGAAUGACUGUGCACAGCUGGACCUAGAAACUGUAUGUGGGCUUUGGAGUCAGAUUUUAGUUAACAAAAUAAGCCUGGUGGCAGUGGCACUAAGGUGUCUUUUUUAGGUUUCAGAAUUUAUCCUGGUGGCCUUUAUAGGACCAAUGCUGAUUUUUUUUUAAAAGGUAGUGCCUAUUAUGUGGUGAAAUUUUGUAAAUAAAUAAUAAUACAAAACUGUCACCACCUAGAACUGGGUAUUCUUUGUACAUUGUCAAAUAUCUUACAAAGUAUACAUUAGGAAUAAAAAUGUUCCACAU